UUUCUAUCUUUUACAAACAAAAAACUGAUUGCGUGCAGCGACAAAGGAAUACUCGAUCACGCUUGCAGUAAAGUGCUCGCAGGAGGUCAAGGGGUCAUAUGUGAGUCUUCUCAACGAAUGUUGUGCCUGAAACUUUUAUGAAAUAUAACCCGGAAAGAGGAAAGAUUUGCUCUGUUCAAGGCAAGGGAAAACCAUCUUUGUGCGUAAGAUGGCAAAAAUAACGACUUUUCUAGUAUGGCUUUGCAUUGUCAUGUUAUUUUCUGAAACUUGUUACGCAUUUUGGAGUAGACGUCGCCGACGUCGCAGGCCGCCUCCACCUCCACCUUGUGUUCCCCGCAAUUGCGUAGUUAGCCAUUGGUCAAAUUAUGGCAGUUGUUCUUAUCCUUGUGGUACAGGUGGUGUGCAAUGGAAAACGCGCUAUGUUAAAAAAGCUCAGAGCUGUGGCGGACAAUGUCCGUAUCAUUUGAGAGAGUCAAAAGCGUGUAACGUAGGGCUUUGCGCAAAUCAUGGCCGACCCCACAGUACAGGUUGCAGUUGUAGAGCGGGAUAUACUGGAAAGUGUUGCCACAAUGGUAAGUACCUUACGAUCUUAGCGCAGCAUUCAGAAUGACCGGCUCAUUUUUCCUCGUGGCCAUGCAGAGAAGCAAAACAUAAUGAGAAAUUCCUGAUUAUGACCGUGAUGUAGUUGUGAAAUAGUUAAAUUGAUCUCUUCCUUUGAAUUUGACCCAAGUUAAAAUCCAAAAGGCACCGCCUUAAUUUGGCUCUUUCUCUCGCUGCAAUUUAUUGACUGAGGUUAAAACCGCUAAGAGCCAUCACUAAUUUCAAAUUCAUCAAGACGUGGGAGAGAAAGAGUGCCUGCUGAUUCUCUCACCAAAGAACUUAAAAUGUUGGUCCAACUUAACUGAGUUAUCUGCUCUUUUUUCCUCAUAACUUACCAUAGCAUGGAUCUGAGAACCGUCAGUUGCCGUAGACUUGGAUCCUCGUGCAGUAUGAACUGCCAGCUCGUAGGAAUAGGUGCAUUUGGAAUGUUGGUCAAAUGAUAGUCUCUUUUCUUGAAUUUUGUCUGAUGCUGCAGCGUUUUCGUGAAAAGCUACGGCAGAAACUAUAACUAACAGUACAGUCCAGCAGUGCCAAUCCAUGACGACUGCUUCCUUAUGAACUGCUAUUUAGCGGCUCGAGUCACCUUUGAUGUUUCUUAUACUCUGUUACUAUGGCCAAACUUAAAGCAUCCGGAAUUGAUUAUCGAAUUAUACUAUGCUGUUACGAUGUCAUGAGGUCAAUUUUUUUGUUCGGAAUUUGUCGGAAUAAAGAACUACUUAGGAAAAAAAUUGGUUUAUAGAAUUAUUGCGGAAAUAGAGUCAUUUUUUUUAGAAGAUUACUCUGAAAAGUAAUAAAUUUAUUUUUAAUUCUUUCGGAAACUGGUUUUCUUAUCGUGGGCGCAGUGUUUAGAAAUGUAUUCAGUUCAUUCAAGCUUCUGUCAAUGUCGAUACCACUAAGAUAUAUCCUGAAUGUAGGAAGGGAUUUUUUUUUUAGCGGGAAAUAAUUUAAAACAACAAACAAAAGCUUUGAGAUCAAAUUAAACUUGCAUAUUCAUGUACCCUUAAAUAACAUACGUCAAUUUGUCUGAAAGGACGUUAUCUCUCGCGGAUUGAAUUUACUCCAAAUGUGCAGUUACAAUGUCAUGGGUCACUCGGUAAACACGUUUCAUAUUAUUUAAAAUUGAAUAACAACAUGCUUUUCUAAAUUUCUCUUACGAGAAAAGCAGUCGACCUCAUCUUGUUAAGUACUGUUUGUAUGAUUUCAGUUUUGUUGCUGUCUGUGUGAAAAUUAACUCUGACUUAUCCGACAUCAUUCAAAUAUUAGGAAAUGUUGAUACCAGAAUAAUGCCUCCCUCUUCUCUCUUGAAAGGACAAUUUUAUUUUAGCUCAGGAUAACUCUAACCAUCAUGAAAUAUUUUUAAUUGAGGUCAUAAGGUGCUGUUACAGCGAUUUUUAAGAGCAACUGAAACGUUACUGUACAACAAAAUGCAAAUUUUUCGGUGUUUUUUUGUUAUGUUUUGUUUGUUUUCUUUUUUCCAACGUAGUCUCGAUUUAACCACGAAACAAUUAUUAUUUGGUAAUCGCUCUUAAUCUUUUUAAAAACAAAUUAGAGACCCAGCACUUGCGGUACCUAAGAAAUAAAAAGUGCUUCCUUGUAUCUGUUUUCAGCUGUUGAUGCGAUGUCAUAGGUCACAGUUCUCGGCUUUAACAUGAAAAAGGUGCGACUUCCCUUUACAAAUUGCCUUAGAAUAUACGCCGCCUUGCAUGCUCUGUCUUCAUUUUGAGACUCUGUUGCUUGGAGAGUAUUAAAGCUACCUUUCUUGCAUACAAUGGUAAAAGUAUCGACAAUGUUUGUGUGGCUCUGUAUCGCCAUGCUUUUCAUUGAAUCCUGUCACUCAUGGUGGGAUAGGCGACGUCGUAGACGGAGUCCGCCGCCGCCGCCUUGCGCCGAUUGUAGAGUUAGCGGUUGGUCCAGCUGGGGUGGUUGUUCUUAUCCUUGUGGGAAUGGUGGUGUACAGUGGAGAUCGCGCCAUGUAACCAUCUCUCAGAAUCACUGCGGUUCAUGCUCAUAUCAUAUGCGAGAAUCAAAGCGGUGCAAUAUAGGGCUGUGUGCAAAUUAUGGCCGACCGCACAGUUCGGGCUGUUAUUGCAGAUUAGGAUAUACUGGAACGUGCUGCAGGGCUGGUGAG